UCUUGCAAGAAUCUAGAGACAGAGAGAUGGAAAUUAGUUUGAUUGAGGAUAUUAUUGAUCAUUUUGGCCAUGAACAUCCUCUGUGUAUAGAGGACUUCGAGAACAAGAAAGAAAGACUCACCUGUAAUGGGUGUGGGAUAGUCAUCGCCGGUCGUGGAUACGUUUGCUCUUCCGCCGAUUGCGGCGGCGGCUUCAAUAUUCACGCACUUUGCGCCACUCUCCCCAAAGGACCCAAAAUCUUUCCAGAACACCCACAACACCCAGUUCGUCUCCUUUCUUCUUCCCCAUACCCCAACUCCCCUGGAUUCGUCUGCGAUGUCUGCGACAAAUCAUACCCAUCUUCCGGCUUCUUCCUCUACCACUGCGACACCUGCGGAUUCGAUGUUGACUUAAGAUGCGCCGUCUUAAGGAUGAAUUUCUCCUACCCAGGCCACAGCCGCCACAAGUUACAAGCCCGUCUGUCUCCGGCAUCCUCCUUCCCUUGCUCCGCCUGCGACUCAACUCACCAAGAAGAAGCCAUCUUCUUCCGAUGUUACUCAUGUCCGUUCUGGAUCCAUGAAGCGUGCUUCACCUUGCCGAUGAUGCCUUUUCUCACUAUUAAAUCUCAUCCUCAUCCUUUGACCCUCAUCAACAGGAUGCAAAGACCCUUGCCUGGUUUCAGAUUCGUAUGCGCCGUCUGUAAUGACUCCAUAUUUUAUCAUACGAGCACUGUAACUCAACCCCGUUGGGUUUACGCUUGUCAGAAGUGCUUUUUCCUUGUCCAUGUUAAGUGCUUGACCAAGUUAAGGGAAAGUGAAAAGAACGACCAGAUCCAAAUCCAAAUCCUUGACCAAAAAGGCUUGAUUCAAUUGCCAGCUCCUGAUCGUGAGUCGAUCCAUCUCUUGAUGUCCCAGUUUAUCAAACAGAUGUGCGAGGAGGAGGAAGAAGACGAACUCCAGCAUUUCAGCCAUGAGCAUCCUUUGUACCUUAUUCGGUCACCGGAAUCGAACGACGGAAGCUCUGAAUUUGGGAUUUGCAAUGCCUGCGUGCUUCGUAUAGCUUCCCCUCCAUUCUACGGAUGUAAUGAUUGCGACUUUCGCCUGCACAAAUGGUGCGCUAGUUUACCGAAGGAGCUGAACAACCACCAGGCCCAUCCGGGGGGGCAUACUCUUACACUAAUCGGAACUGACAAAGAAGCGAAAUGGUUCGGAUUCUUCCAGUGUAAAGGCUGCCAACGCGUCGGAAAUGGAUUUGCUUAUAGAUGCAAUGAAUGCGACGAUUACAUGAUUGACGUUAGAUGCGCUUCUCUUCCUGAAUCGAUCAUGCAUGAUGCCCACGAUCAUCCUUUGACCUUGAAGAACAACCGCACGAUUGGAGGAUGCAUCGGUUGCGGGGAUCGGCUCUCCAUAACAGUGUUUUGCGACGCUUGUAACCCCGGUGAGCACUCUAGCUUCGACUCUACCUCAAUGCUGUCGUACGGUUGCGAUACUUGCUUCUUCGGCUUGCACACUCGUUGCGUCUUCUUCCCGGAGAAGCUUAUGCACGAUUACGACAAACAUCCUUUAACCUUAACUAGGAAAUUUAUUGUUGAUAUGAUGGGAAACGAGAUCGGUAACGACGAUGUUUACUUUUGUGAGAUCUGUUACCGUCCGGUGGAACGGUGGUGGACUUACAGUUGUGAGGAUUGCAAUCAUUUCUACCAUACAGGUUGCUUGAGCAGAGAGAUUGGUUUAUUCACAUCGAUCAAAUAUGGCGAUUCGUACAGAUCUAAACAUCACAGUCAGCAUCCCGUGGUUUGCGUGAAGGCGAUAAACGAGUGGAGUGAUCGUUGCGAUCAAUGUAAGGAAAAGAAUUACUGCGGAGGAUUUGCAUUCGAAUGCGGAGAAUGCAAGAUACUGCUGGAUAUGCAAUGUGCGUACCUGUCUUCGAAGGCGAAACGAGUGGGAUUGUCGUGGAACAAGGCGGAUAAGAGCUACGAAAUUGAGAUUUCAACUUAUGAAAUUGAUGAGAAACGUGGGAGAUCCAAACGAGAGGAAGGAGAGAGUAGCGUUAAGGUGUCGCCAUGGCUGUAUGGGUUCAUCGUUCCCCCGCCACCUCCUGACAUUGAUAAUUAACAGAGCGAGCAGGGAUUGGUUGCUAAAGCCUAAAGGGUUGUUUCAGUUUGUUUGUAACUUAAUUUAUAAUAAAAAUGUAAUUUGCUUGUAAAAUAUAAUCAUAAUUAAUUAGAGUUUUUUAAAAA